AUGGUGAAAGAAGCCAGGGAUGACCAACAGCUCAGGAUCAUCAGCCGUGGCAGUGCCCCUUCUUCGUCUCGAGGACACGUGAAUGGCAUCAGCGCUAGAGGAGCGUCUAACGGUUUCCAACGCAACGGUAGCAGCCACGGCGGGCAUUACGGUGGAAGUUUCAACAACGGCGCAUACAACAGAGGUGGAGCAGCUAGGAACAACAGCUUCAGCAACAAUCGAUCAGCCAUCGAGAAUUCGGAACGAGUCCAGCGAUUGGAAACUCCAGGAAUCGACGUUCCAGUGGAUUUUGGCCCUCUGGGAGCCAGAGAUAGACUUAUUUGCCUCGACAUGGAAUCGACAACUGGAUCGGUUUGUCAGCUGGAAGCCUCAGCCGGAAGCAGUGGCAGUCGAUGCAUUUUCCCUGAGCUGGACCAAUCGGAGGGGAUAUGCAUUUCCCCCCUUCAACAUGAUCGCCAGAUGUCUGACAAAGAUCAUGAAGGAAGAGGCCGAAUUAAUUCUAGUGGCACCGGUUUGGCAAGCGCAACCGUGGUGGCCGACUAUCAUGGAACUAGCCUGGCAGCCCCCCCGAAUCAUUUGUCCAGAGAUAGCAUUGCUAUCGGACCCAUUGGGAAACCCUCACCCUCUUCUGGAACGGGGAUCCCUCCUGUUAGCCGUUUGGAUAUUGUCCGGAAACGCUUCAAAGACAGCGGCUUUUCGGAGCAAGUGGUCCAGCUGCUCGUGGAAAGUAACCGUGAGACCACAUCAGCUUGCUACCAGAGCUCAUGGAACGGUUGGGUCUGUUGGUGCGCUCAACGGGAUCAACAUCCCUUGUCUGCUUCUUUAACCGUCGUCCUCGAUUUUCUUUCCGAUUUGCACGACGAGGGUAAGGCAUAUAGGUCGAUUAAUGUUUCUCGAUCUAUGCUCUCGGCUACCCUUGAUAAGAUCGAAGGAUAUGACGUGGGUAAACACCCUUUGGUUAUAAAACUUAUGCUAGGCAUUUUUAAUUCUAACCCUCUUAAGCCCAGAUAUAACUCCUUCUGGGAUAUAGGCUCGGUUUUAUCUUAUCUGGAAGGUCUCGGUCCAGACACCUCCCUAUCGCUCAAAAGCCUAUCAUCUAAAUUGGUAAUGCUUCUCGCCUUGACUUCUCUUUUCAGGGUAUCGGAGAUCGCGGCCAUCGAUUUUAAAUCGAUCGUCUUUUCCGGGCCGGUUGUUAAAUUCGCUCUUGGCCGACUGAGGAAGUCACAUCGUAAAGGCUGCCUACAGGUUUCUUCCUUAAAUCGCCUUAAUUCGUCGCCUUUAAUUUGUCCGGUCUCAUGCUUGGAACGUUACAUUUUCGUAACGAGAGAUUUUAGAAACGAAUCAACGAAUUCCAGCUUGAUUUUAGGUCUUAGGUCGCCCCAUCCGCCUAUCGGUGCAUCUACUAUUGGGCGCUGGAUUAAGCUCUUAUCUUCAGAGGCGGGAGUUGACACAACUAUUUAUUCCGCCCACUCUACGCGUGGGGCAUCGGCUUCGAAAGCCAUGAGCGCCGGCCUUUCGAUCGAAUCAAUUUUGCGGACUGGUAGUUGGGCAUCCGAGAGUGUAUUUUCUAGACACUACAACCGCCCAAUAAAUAAGGAGGCAUUUGGAGAGGUCAUUCUUGACGGAGAAGCCAAUAGAGAUGAGCUUUAA